GGCAGUUUUGGCCCGAAGACUGCAGUGGGAAAGGCUGUGACAAUGGGUUAUGCUGCUUUGGGUAUACCACUCAUGUUGAUCUACCUAACCAGUAUGGGAACUCUGCUGUCAGACUGUGCUAGAGGUGUAUUUACCAGAUCUCUGUGCUGCUGUCUCUGUUCAAACUGCGGCUACUGUUGCUAUGACGAAAACCGAAUGAUGGAGAAAGAGCGAAGAAUGAGGCGAAAGAGAGAGAUGCGAGAGCAAGAGCGCCACCAAAUGGAGCCAUUCUACGUCCGCUCGCCUUCAACAACAUUCACCACAACAUCGGCAACAACCAACAACCUACAUUCACCUACAGACCGGCAAGAAAAUACCGCGCUCGACAAUUUUGAAAUUGGCGCCCGGAACUAGUACACCGAUAGCAACGCCAUCCAGCGACGUUUUGGCGAACUACGACUCAAACUCUACUCUCAACGGCAAUUCGGGAGGACACUGUUUAGCCCCGAUCCUGCUUUCAUUAAUUGUCAUUACAAUUUAUUUGUGUGGUGGGGCUGUAA